GGACUCUAAACACACCAGACUUAUGUGCACUUGAUUUAAUAGAUGGUCGUGUAUCUCCUGAAGAUUUGCCUGGAAGGGCGGGUCGUGAAACCUAUCAACGUAUCUUUUCACGACCAGGUCUUUUCAUCAAGGCUAGGUUAAACUUGAGGUUAGUGGACGGACGAUGCAAGGCAGUAUGUGGUGUUCAGGGGAACCCAAGGGAUUGCGUGAGGUGUUCUAUAUAAGACAAGUGAUGUGUACAUGUACAUAGCUUAAAGCUAGUGUUAACAGUGUAAUUAUGAAUGUUAACGGUGAAGUUAUGAAUGUUAACAGUGUAGUUAUAAAUGUUAACAUUGUAGUUAUAAAUGUUAACAUUGUAGUUAUGAAUGUUAACAAUGUAGCUAUAAAUGUUAACAUUGUAGUUAUGAAUGUUAACAUUGUAGUUAUGAAUGUUAACAGUGUAGUUAUAAAUGUUAACAUUGUAGUUAUAAAUGUUAACAUUGUAGUUAUGAAUGUUAACAAUGUAGCUAUAAAUGUUAACAUUGUAGUUAUGAAUGUUAACAUUGUAGUUAUGAAUGUUAACAAUGUAGUUAUAAAUGUUAACAUUGUAGCUAUGAAUGUUAACAUUGUAGUUAUGAAUGUUAACAAUGUAGUUAUAAUUAUAAAUGUUAACAGUGUAGUUAUGAAUGUUAACAUUGUAGUUAUGAAUGUUAACAGUGUAGCUAUAAAUGUUAACAGUGUAGCUAUGAAUGUUAACAGUGUAGAUAUAAAUUUUAACAUUGUAAUUAUGAUUAUUAACAUUGCAGUUAUAAUUUUAACAAUGUAGUUAUGAAUGUUAACAGUGUAGUUAUAAAUGUUAACAGUGUAGCUAUGAAUGUUAACAGUGUAGAUAUAAAUGUUAACAUUGUAAUUAUGAUUAUUAACAUUGUAGUUAUAAUGUUAACAAUGUAGUAAUGAAUGUUAACAGUGUAGUUAUGAAUGUUAACAAUGUAGUUAAAAAUGUUAACAGUUCACAGUGUAGUUAUAAAUGUUAACAGUGUAGUUAUGAAUGGUAAUUGUGUAGUUAUGAAUGUCAGUAAUGAAUGUUAACACUAUAAAUAUGAAUAUUAACAUUGCAUGUUUCCAGAUCUUAAUUUUACAAACUUCUAUAUGUCAGAAACGCCAUCAGUGUAACUAGCGACUAAGGAGACAUCUGUGCCUUGCAAGAAGAUGUUAGAACUGUCUUGUGUAAGCCUAGCGCCAUUUUCUGUCUACGUCGCCUUCGUAGGCUCAAUCGCGUUGUCCCUUGUCGUUUUAUUCAAGGAGUUUCUAUGGAUGUCAUUGGUAGAAAGACCGAGUCUUUACUUCCGGAAUUCCCCCAUGCACUCCUACGUCAUAGGUGAGCUAUUAUUAGAAUGUGUACCAAUGAAACGUAAUCUUAGAAACGCUUUGAAGACAAUGCAUAAACUCUUACAGUAUAAGAGAACUAAAAAUAGAAACGGUAAAGUCCUAAGUCAUGAAGGAGCUUAAAAUAGAUGUGUUUUUUUACAUGACAAAACAUUUAAACAUAAUAAUUCAUAUUAUAAUUUUAAAAUACUUUUAAUAAUUUUCCCAUUGCUUAGAAAGUCAUAGGCUAUCCGAAAAGUGUUUAUUCAUAAAUAAUUUAGUCUUUUAAUGAGAAAAUCUUAAAUUGUUUCUUCUUGCACUCGUUGUCUCGGCCAAUACCAGAGCGAUGUAAGCUGACACAGAAAGUGUACGCGCCAAGUCGUUUUCUGAGCUCCAGACAUGUGCAGACAAUACUUCCUGUCAUCCUUCAUAAACCGGAUGUGACGUACGCCAGGGAGUAUCUACAAAUGAGAGAUAAGGGGGUCGUCGCCAUAGACUGGGUGGAGUAUCCUGAUGUCAAGGUCAAACGGUGGGUCUUUUUGUGUAACGGGGGCCAGCAGAUGUUCACAGUUUGGGAACCAUCAAGUUCUAGGGGGAAAAAAAUCAUGAUAAAGAGUCCAGUUAUAUAAAUAUGUAUAUAUAUUUUUUUAAAAAUAGACUUAAUACCCCCCCCCCCACACACACACACACAAACGCACACACACAAAACAAACGAACUGACAGCCAUAUACUACAUAAAACUACGGUAGAACAGUUAAACUUAUAAGUUGUUACCGCGGUGAAUGAAUUCUAAAUCCUACUUCUAAAAGAUCCCGGCCCUUAAACUUCCAACACACGAUCUUAUAAAGCAAUCCAGCAACGAAUCCUUUCUGCUGUGGUAACUGGUUCUGGGAGCUCUAUUUCAUCUUGUCACGAUUUUCGUCCUAAGAAAAACUGUUGUGCUCUUGGUGAUACCGCCCCUGACAGAGGACGCCACUCACAUGACGAAUAUUUGUUUCAACGCCACCGACAGGGGCUUUAAAGCUGUUGUGUUUAACAGGAGGGGCCAUGGUAACAGUUACCUGACCACACCCAAGUUACAGGUGAGUUGUUACAUUUUUAGUAACGUGUGGGUUGUUACGUUUGUAGUAACAUGUGGGUUGUUACGUUUGUAGUAACAUGAGGGUUGUUAAAUUUGUAGUAACAUGUGGGUUGUUACGUUUGUAGUAACAUGUGGGUUGUCACAUUUGUAGUAACAUGUGGGUUGUUACAUGUGUAGUAACAUGUGGGUUGUUACAUUUGUAGUAACAUGUGGGUUGUUACAUGUGUAGUAACAUGUGGGUUGUUACAUGUGUAGUAACAUGUGGGUUGUUACAUUUGUAGUAACAUGUGGGUUGUUACAUUUGUAGUAACAUGUGGGUUGUUACAUGUGUAGUAACAUGUGGGUUGUUACAUGUGUAGUAACAUGUGGGUUGUUACAUGUGUAGUAACAUGUGGGUUGUUAAAUUUGUAGUAACAUGUGGGUUGUUACGUUUGUAGUAACAUGUGGGUUGUCACAUUUGUAGUAACAUGUGGGUUGUUACAUUUUAGUAACAUGUGGGUUGUUACAUUUGUAGUAACAUGUGGGUUGUUACAUUUGUAGUAACGUGUGGGUUGUUACAUUUUAGUAACAUGUGGGUUGUUACAUGUGUAGUAACAUGUGGGUUGUUACAUGUGUAGUAACAUGUGGGUUGUUACAUUUGUAGUAACAUGUGGGUUGUUACAUUUUUAGUAACAUGUGGGUUGUUACAUUUUUAGUAACAUGUGGGUUGCUACAUUCUGUGGGAUGUUACAUUUGUAGUAACGUGUGGGUUGUUACAUUUGUAGUAACGUGUGGGUUGUUACAUCUGUCUCCAGAGUUAUGCUGAUCCAACUGACCUGAGACAGGUCAUAAGGUACAUCAACCUGCGCAUGCCAAAGUCACCACUUGCCGCAGUGGCUUAUGGGACAGGAUGUGCACUGCUCAGGUCAUACUUAGGUAGGUCACUGCUCACGUCAUAUGUAGGUAGGUCUCUGUUCAUGUCAUAAUUAGGUAGGUCAUUGCUCAUUUCAUAUUUAGGUAGGUCACUGCUAAUGUCAUAUUUCGGUAGGUCACUGGUUAUGACAUAUCUAGGUAGGUUAUUGCUCAUGUCAUAUUAUUAUGUAGGUAGGUGGCUGCUCAUGUCGUAUCUAGAUAGGCUCAUGUCAUAUUAAUGUCGGUAACUGCGGUAAAUGACUGCUCAAGUCAUGUGUAGGUAGCUAUUAUAUAUGAAUUGUGCUUUUUUUUAUGGAUGUCGGUUUCAUCAUAAUACUUUUGACACAUUUUGAUGAGGACACCAUGAUGAAAUUUUGAUUUGAACAAAUAUUUAUGAACAUUCAAAUUUUUUGUUUUGAAUUUAAAAAAGUAUAUAUUUUAUUGACAGGUGAAUUUGGUUCCUCUGACAUGUUGACGGUUGGGGUGUGUAUAUCCCCACGCUACGAUGCCCCCCAGAGAGGGACCAGCCUCUAUGACCUCGUUCUACUGCUCAGACUGAAAUCUCUCUUGUGUCAACACGCCAAGGCACUGGCCCCAGUCUUGGACUUGGACAAGGCCAUGUCUGCUUGGACGUUUUCAGAACAUCACCGGCUUGUGUACUGUCCACUUAACGGAUAUUCCGAUUUGGAGCAAUUCUGGGAAAUGAACAAUCCGAUUCGGGAUGUGGACGCUAUUGAAGUGCCCGUCCUUUGUAUUACCAGCCUGGACGAUCCCAUCUGCGCAUGCUCAGACAUUCCGUAUGAUAUUCUCCAAGGUUAUCCGAACUUCCUGUUGGUCGUGACAACAAAGGGAGGUCAUUGUGGAUUUCUAGAAGGGUUUCCGCCAAGGUCAUGGUCAGACACGCUCUGUCUGGACUAUGUGGACUCGGUUGUGGCAUUCACCACCAAACAUUCUCUACAGCAGCAACAUCGCCCACGGCUCUACAGGGCAUCCAAGCGUAGUCAGCACAUGACCAACAGUGGCAUCUCCAACAACAUCAGCACACCCAACAAGAACAGCAUCAACAGGAACAGAAGCAUCUCAAACGACAGCAGCACCAACAACAGCAUCAAAUGUACAGUCACGUCAAAGAUACUCACGAAGUCAAAAUAACAUGUGUAAAUUAAGUCACGUGAUAUGUUUGUAGACCCGAGACUACAUACAGUCCGUUAACAAAUAUUAAUUACUUUAAAAAUCCCAGCCAUUUCUUUGAAGCUUCUCCGCACAUAUGGCGUACCAUAAACUAACUGUACUCACAUAUUAUCCCUUUUCUCUUACGAAUCUAUUUAAACCAGGACAAACGUAUUACAUGGGACAUAACCACGUUGUAAUGAGUUGGAUUUUAAUUUUACUGGUUAGCUCUCUUUUUCUUAAAAACAAAUUCAAAACAUGAUCUUUUUCUUACUUUUCCGAAAAAAUUGCAUACCCAAGAAUUUCUGAAGCGCAGUUUAUUCUGAUAAUUUCAAAUGCGAAAAGUAAAUAACUAAUUAUUGAUGAAGUUAUUCUCGACGUAACUUAUCUCGCUAUGAGUACAAUCGAUAGUUCCACGGGUCGAUAAACAUGCUUCCAAAAAUAAGUGAUAUAAAUAUGACGUCAUUGUUUGACAUAAAGAAAGCAUUUCCGGUUUCAGUUUGGAAACUACAAACCGGUUGUUGAUUUUUUUCAAACCAGGUUUCGCAUUCUUUUUAUCCUAAUAUUUUUUUUAUUUUUUAAAUCAAGAUAUGUUGAAAAAUUAACAAUGUGUGCAUCGGGCAAAAAAGAGCCUAAGGCAAAAUCUGAAGUUCUGAAACACAAGCGUGAAAGAAAAAAACCUCUAGAGCCUUUGUCCGGCCGCUUUUGCACUACGCAUCUUCAGUCUGGGACCCACUUACCCAGAAGAGCAUUGACAGGUUGGAGGCGGUCCAGCGAAGAGCAGCACGCUUUGUCCUAAACCGCUACAGGAAUACCUCUAGUGUUGGCAGCAUGUUGGAAACACUAGGCUGGUCACCAUUGGAGAAACGACGACGACAAUCCAGGCUCUCCAUGAUAUACAACAGGGGUAGGCAAACGUUUUGUGCGUAGGGCCAGAUUGAAAAAUGUCAAGCUAUUCGGGGGCUGCAUGUACAUUAUGUCCAAUUUUUACAUGUCGAUAAACAUUUCUCUAUAUUAAAAUCGGUAAAUUCGCAUUUUAGCAUUACAUGAAAAAAGUCUAGGACUGUUUAAAAAAGUGAAGGAAAUUAGAAAGAAAUUUGAUCAAAAAUGUUCAAACAAUCAUAACGGUAGAUAAAUUCUGUAAAAUUCAACAAAAUAACUGAAAAACUAAGGAAUUUUUUUUUAAAUUUCUAAAUCCCUUCGAGGGCCGCAUAAUAUCAGUUGCCGGGGCGCAUGCGAUUCGCGGGCCAUAGUUUGCCCACCUCUGAUGUACAAGAUGGGCCGGUCCACUGCUCCAGCAUUUAACAUAAACUCGUCCAUUCCCCCCCCCCCACGACAAACACGAGGCCAUGACAGGCAGUUCCGGCUUAUAAC